AUCUUCGGGGUCUCAUCAAGAAUUAUGGUGUGUUCCCAGCACUGAGGCUGAAGAGGAAGAAGAGCUCGAGCAUGGAGUCCCAGGCAUCAGAGAAUGGAAGCCAGACCUCCUCCGGGGUGACAGAUGACUACAGCAGCUGGUACAUCGAGGAACCUCUAGGAGCUGAGGAGGUGCAGCCAGAGGGGGUGAUUCCCCUUUGCCAGUUCACUACACCCCCUGCCCUGCUCCAUGCCUGCCUGGCUUCACUGUCGUUCCUGGUUCUGCUGCUGCUGGCCUUGCUGGUGAGACGUCGCAGGCUUUGGCCACGCUGUGGUCAUUGCAGACUUGGACUGCCCAGCCCUGUGGAUUUCUUGGCUGGGGACCUAUCCUGGACAGUGCCUGCUGCUGUUUUUGUGGUCCUCUUCAGCAACCUGUGCCUGUUGCUCCCUGAUGAGAACCCACUGCCUUUCCUGAACCUCACUGCAGCAUCCAGUCCAGAUGGAGAGAUGGAGACAUCAAGAGGGCCCUGGAAGCUACUGGCUCUGCUCUACUACCCAGCCCUCUACUACCCUCUGGCUGCUUGUGCUUCGGCAGGGCACCAAGCUGCAUACCUAUUGGGUACUGUGUUAUCUUGGGCCCACUUUGGUGUUCAGGUCUGGCAGAAAGCUGAGUGUCCUCAGGAUCCUAAGGGGCUGCAGACCAGCUACUCCAAGAAGUAUCUGAGAACCCUUCUCUGCCCAAAGAAGCUGGAUAGCUGCUCCCAUCACGCCUCCAAGCGUAGCCUCCUGUCUCGAGCCUGGGCCUUCUCCCAUCAUUCCAUCUACACUCCACAGCCAGGAUUCCGCCUGCCCUUGAAGCUGGUGAUCUCGGCCACCCUGACAGGAACAGCCACUUACCAGGUGGCCCUGCUGCUGCUGGUGAGCGUGGUGCCUACUGUGCAGAAGGUGAGGGCGGGGAUCAACACAGAUGUCUCCUACCUGCUGGCUGGCUUUGGGAUCGUGCUCUCUGAAGACAGGCAGGAGGUGGUAGAGCUGGUGAAGCAUCACCUAUGGACUGUGGAAGCAUGUUACAUCUCAGCUCUGGUCUUGUCCUGUGCAUCAACCUUCCUGCUCCUGAUCCGCUCCCUGAGGACACACAGGGCCAAUCUUCAAGCACUACACCGAGGGGCUGCCCUGGAUCUGGGCCCCCCUCUUCAGAGUAUUCAUCCCUCUCGCCAAGCCAUAGUCAGCUGGAUGAGCUUCAGUGCCUACCAGACGGCCUUCAGCUGCCUUGGGCUCCUGGUGCAGCAGGUCAUCUUCUUCUUGGGGACCACAUCCCUGGCUUUCCUGGUGUUUGUGCCUUUACUGCAUGGCAGGAACCUCCUGCUCCUGCGAUCCCUGGAAUCCACGUGGCCCUUCUGGCUGACUGUGGCCUUAGCUAUAAUCCUGCAGAACAUAGCAGGCAAUUGGGUCUUCCUGAAGACUCACCAUGGAUACCCAGAGCUGACCAACCGGCGCAUGCUCUGCAUAGCUACUUUUCUCCUCUUCCCCAUCAACAUGCUGGUGGGAGCCAUAAUGGCUGUCUGGCGGGUACUCCUCUCUUCUCUCUACAACACUCUUCACCUCGGCCAGAUGGACCUCAGCCUACUGCCACAGAGAGCAGCCUCCCUGGAUCCAGGCUACUACACAUACCAAAACUUCCUGAGGAUUGAGGCCAGCCAGUCACAUCCAGGAGUCAUAGCCUUCUGUGCCCUGCUCCUCCAUGCGCCAAGUCCACAGUCCCAGCCCCCACUGGCCCCUCAGGACAGCCUCAGGCCGGCAGAAGAAGAAGAAGGGAUGCAGUUGCUACAGAACAAGGACCUGAUGGCCAAGGGAGCAGGACCCAAAGGCAGCCAGAGCAGGGCCCGCUGGGGUCUGGCCUACACAUUGCUCCACAACCCAAGCCUGCAGGCCUUCCGGAAGGCAGCCCUUACUAGUGCCAAGGCCAAUGGCACCCAGCCCUGAGGGUGAAGAAAACCACAUCACCCUGCCUUUAUGUGCUGAGGCACAUUCCUGUCUCCCAUCCUCCCUCCCAUUCAUGUCUGCAGCCCCCUCCCCCCCCCCAGCAGCAGCUCUGCCAGCCAGCCGAUCCCUGUGGGAUCAGGGGACUGGAGUCACUGUGUCUACACCACCAGCUUCCAGAGAACUUUGGUCUACGCUUGUCCACCAGGCUACCAGCUAGGGCUCUAGAGAAAGCAGCUAGUGGUUUCUUUGUCUUGGAACAGGCAGGGUAAGGGUGGGCACAUUUAGGCCUCUUCUCCUCACACUGGCCCUGCCAUCAGUUUUUGGGGCCUCAGCGAGGCCUCUCUUACUCCCCGUUGGUGAUGAAAGGCCUGAAUAUCUCCCAUCCCAGCUGGCCCCACCUCAGCCCCAGCCCUCCCACCAUGAAAGUGGAACCUGUGUGGGCUUCCUCUCUGCCCCAGCUCUCUCCUUCCUCUCUCUUCCUACCACUCCCGCCCCUUCUUGUGCAGCCAAGUCAGACUCCAAGAGGCCCCACUGAGCUGCCCUCUCCAAAAACCAGAUAUGUUUUUGUAGUUUUAAUGCCAUUAGUUGUCAUGAAAGAAGUUAGUGUGCUCUCUGUAAUAAAUGUGCCUCUGAGGAACAUCCCUCCUUCCUAGAGGAGGGCUCUCAG